AUGGUUCUUGAGGGAAUCAAGGCAGCUUUUAGGCGAAAGGAAAAGAACGAGUAUUUCAUUUCCUUCCGUGAGCUCUGGAAAGCGACAAACAAAUUUGAUGAAAAAAAUGUCAUUGGAAUUGGAGGGUUCGGAAAGGUAUACUUGGGAACUUUAAAAAGUGGAACCAAGGUCGCUGUGAAACGAAGGAAGAAGCACUCUUAUCAAGGAGAGAGAGAGUUCCAAGUGGAGACUGGACUAGUGCCAAGUCUAAGCCACCCCAAUGUGGUUUCUCUGUUUGGGUAUUGCGAUACAAAUGAUGAAAUGAUCUUGGUUUAUGAGUACAUGAAAGAAGGGACUCUAAAGAGCCAUCUCUAUGGUUCUGAUAGACUCUCACCCGUCAGUUGGGACUGGGAGCAGCGGUUGCUGGUUUCUGUGGGAGCAGCGAAGGGGCUGAACUAUCUCCAUACUAGGUCUCCAAAUGGUAUUAUCCACCGUGACAUCAAGUCUGAUAACAUCUUGCUUGAUGAGAACCUGUGCGCCAAGAUUGGUGACUUCGGGCUAUUAAGGACUGGUCCCGAGAUGAACCAAACUCAUGUCAUCACUCGAGCGAUGGGCACCCCGGGGUAUGUUGAUUUGGAAUAUUGGAGGACGCAGCAGCUGACAGUGAAGUCUGAUGUUUUUUCUUUUGGCGCUGUCUUGCUAGAGGUGCUAUGUGGCAGACCAGUGAUUGACAACAGACUUCCAGCAGAGAAGGCGAACUUGGUAUGCUGGGGACAGAAAAUGCUGGAGGAAGGAAAGGUGGAACAAAUCGUUGAUGAGAAAAUUAUAGGCACAAUCCACCCACAUAAUCUGACCAUGUUUGGCAACGUUGUGUUGAAGUGCCUGGCAGAAGAGAGGGCGGAGCGGCCGACGAUGGAAGAGGUACUCAAGGACCUGGAAUGGGAGCUGGAGUGCGUUCGUGCCACUGCCAGCGCCAACAGCAGUACUGAGCCAGCAGCAGAAGAUGAGUCUGAUGAUGACGUCUCUUCCCAGCCAAUAAUCUCGCAGGGGCAAGGUAGAGCAUUGAAACGAUCUGAAGGUAAAAUUUACAAGAGAACUCCAGACUUUGACCAUCAUUGA